AUCCGCGAGGGAGGGGUGGGGUGAGCACUCUUCGCGGUGGUUGGGGGGCUGCUUUGAAGGUGUCAUGGCUGCUGCUGCGGAGCAUAAUUCCUCAAGCAGCAGCGUCAGAAACCUAGAGCGAAGCUCCAGCCCCCUCCUCACCCGAGAGGUCCUCUGCGAAGUCUUUCGUUCCUUGCACACCCUGACAGGACAGCUUAACCUCAGAGAUGAUGUGGUGAAAAUUACAAUCGAUUGGAACCAGCUGCAGAGCCUCUCAGCAUCCCAGCCUGCACUGCUCCUCACUGCACUUGAACAACAUAUUCUGUAUUUACAGCCUUUUUUAGCAAAACUUCAGUCUUUAAUUAAAGAGAAUUCAACAGCUGCAGAGAUAAGACAGACAGAAGCAGAGACCAAGUCUGAACUAAGAGCCGGACAUCCCACUGGAGACCUAGAAAAUGAAGGAAAGCUCCAAGACUGUGAUUUAGGAGAUGUGAAAAAGACACAAAUCCAUUUUGAUCCAGAAGUAGUUCAAAUAAAGGCUGGAAAGGCAGAAAUUGACAGACGAAUAUCUGCAUUUAUUGAGAGAAAGCAAGCUGAAAUCAAUGAAAACAACGUCAGGGAAUUUUGCAAUGUUAUUGAUUGUAAUCAAGAAAAUAGUUGUGCAAGAACUGAUGCUGUCUUUACUCCUUAUCCUGGAUUUAAAAGUCAUGUAAAGGUUUCUAGAGUUGUGAAUACAUAUGGACCACAGACUAGACCUGAAGGAAUUGCGGGGUCAGGUCACAAACCUCCGGGCACACUUCGAGACUGUGGUAACCAGGCGGUGGAAGAACGCCUCCAGAAUAUUGAGGCUCACUUGCGAUUGCAGACAGGUGGCCCAGUACCAAGAGACAUCUAUCAGAGAAUUAAAAAGCUUGAAGAUAAAAUUCUUGAAUUGGAGGGCAUCUCUCCUGAAUACUUCCAAUCUGUUAACUUUUCUGGAAAAAGAAGAAAAGUCCAACCACCUCAAAAUUAUUCACUGGCUGAACUGGAUGAGAAAAUUAGUGCCCUCAAGCGAGCCCUGCUCAGGAAGUCGAGAGAGGCAGACUCCAUGGCCCCUCACCACCUCCCGUGAGGCCACUCUCCUCACACAGCUACCCUGUAAGAUGCCUGUGUGUGUACCUUACAUAUGCUUAAUUACGGUGUAUUUAUCAACAUAAACAUGUCUGUAAAGUCAAGGUUUAUUUUAGCACAAGACUGACUGACGGCAAAUAGUCAAAUAUUGCAGUGUUUGGAAAUGACACAAACCUUGACCACAGCAUUGUUGGAACUUAUUCCCUCCUGUUUUAAAGGAGGCAUUUUGGAUAUUAAAAAACUUAAUUUGAAGGAACUUCUUUUGGUGGACUACCAGAGAUUGUUAUUUUGAUAGUGGUACUUAAAAGGACUUUAUAUUUGUUACAUUGGUUAACCAUUUUUUUUUAGUUUAUAUUAAUACUUUGUACAUAGUGGGCACUUAGCAAAAAUUUAUUGACAAAAAAUAAAACAAAAACUGACAAA